AUGAAUGUCACAUGGGGUUUGCUGACGGUUUUGAGUCUGGCGUGCCACACUGAGUCGAGGUGCUCGCCGACCUCUUAUUAUAAGAACUGCUGGAUUCGACGCUUUCCGGGGAUUUUCAUCGACAUCGAGGAGUCUCAGCGGAGAGGAGCGCAGCUUCUCGAGUCUUACCAGGAGGAGACCGCGCUCAAAUGCAGCCGCACCUGUUGCCUCACGAGGAACUUUUCCUGUAACCUGGCCAUAUUUCAUUAUGAUACCACUCAAGAAAACGUGAACUGCUUCCACCUGCACUGUCCAACACUGGAGAGCUGCAUUCUCAGCCACAGAGGCAACGUUGUUCUCUAUAACAUCACAAAGGGUGUGGAUCCUGACUUGUUGGUGUUUGGAAAAUACUUCACCUCCAAUGUCCGCGUGUUACCCCACUACUACAGCCGAGGCAACGCCUCAGAGCCGCUGCCCUCUGACAAACGCCAGUUCUUUCACCCACCUCCGCCUGCCGCACUGCCUCUGACUGCAGCACCCACAGUGAAACCCCCGACCACAGUGAGCAGCGUGCUCACCACCUCCACCUCUACCACCACCACCACGCUGCAGAGCACCAGUCAGCCUUCAACAGUUCCCAUAACCACAGCUGCCUUAUCUUCCACUGCAGACACUCCACUAGCUUUAGGGAAUCAUGCACAAACAACAACCCCAACCAUCUCCACUACUUCUCCUGCACCCACCUUUGCUACACCUGCUCCAUCCAGCACAGCAGCCACCCUCAGGCCUUUUAAUCCCAGCACCACUCCUGCCUUUGCUACCACAGCUGCACAACCUUCCACAUCCCCUACCCAUCACCACACCACCACCACCUCUCAGUUGGCCACCAGCCCUCCCACUACCACCGCCCUUAUGGAAAGUAUAGAAAGCAGCAAACAAAACCCCAAUGACACCAAAGGCAGCCUGGGGAGGAACCACACUGCAGGCAGUGAGGAAGGUCAGGGUGUGACAGGAGAGGACACUUUCGGGGGGUUGGGACCUGGGUGGCAUGUAGCUGCUCACACCUUGCUGGUUGCAGUGGCCAUCUGCAUUACAGUGCUGCUGAGCUGUUGUUGCUCCAUUCUGCUGGUUGUGAGCUGGAGGGGUCAGAGGAAGAGGAUGGGACGCUACCGAACAUCGUGGAGAGGGAAAAAGGGCUCAAUGCGUCUGAUAAAGUAUGUGCUGGUCAGAGAAAACUACUGA